GAUUCUCCCAUUCUCCCAGUUGACUACUAGCGUCAUGAGUGUAUAUCCAAUACCGUUACUACCUUUACCGUUACCGUUACCCUUACCUUUAUGUUCCCUUCAUCCCCCGUCCGUAUGAGUUAUUGUUUUUUUUACCCCCCUGGGCGGAUGAAUGGAUGGAUGGAUGGAUGGCCUUGUCCGGGUGUAUGUUACAUUUCAUUUCAUCUUUUUUUUUUUUUUUUUUUUCAUUUCUUCCUUUUUAGUACCCGUGUUCUUGUGAGAUGAGAUUAAACGUCUUCUCCCGUCUUCUUAUGAUAAGAAAUAGAAUACCA